GUCACGGAGGAUGGCGGACUGGUGUGAACUUCAGUCAAUUCUGCUCAUUUUAGCAGAUCAGAUAGAGAGGGAUCAUUUACCUGUAGAUACUGUUUUGAGUCGUUUAGAUGAUGUUUCUGAAAUGCUUGGGAUGAUAAUUGCUCUUCAAGAUGUUAGCAUCGAUGACAACACUGUGGAAAGUUUAAGAUCAAUUCAGCACCGUGUUCGUUUGGAAUACGCCGAGGAAGAACUGUCUUCAAAUGUUGGUCGUCCACGUCUUGAAAUCCCGGCUGCAGCACUCAGGACUUUAGUGCUGUCCGGGAUAACCAUCGGGGUAAUUGCCGAUAUGUUUUCUGUGUCUCCGAGCACAAUUAGGAGGAGAAUGACGGAGGAAGGUCUAAGAAAAUCUGAUAGGUAUUCUUCUAUUGGAGAUGAAGACUUGGAUGCAAAAGUGCUGGACAUUCAGCGUCAUCACCCAAAUGCCGGCUGCAGAAUGAUGAUGGGACAUCUACGAUCCAGAGGCAUACACAUUCAAAGAUUUCGACUGAUGAAUUCAAUGAGGCGAGUCAAUCCAGAAGGGGUCAUGAUGCGACGGUUAUCUAUUCAGACUGCAAGGCGUCGUCAGUACAGUGUACCAGCACCAAAUCACCUUUGGCAUAUCGAUGGAAAUCAUAAACUAAUUCGAUGGAGAUUUGUUGUCCAUGGUGGGAUAGAUGGUUUUUCUAGGUUAAUUGUCUACCUUAAAGCUGCCACCAACAACAAAGCUACAACAGUUUUUGAUGGUUUCUUGUCAGCAAUCAGACAGUAUGGCAUACCGUCACGAGUCCGGUCAGACAAAGGGGGGGAAAAUGUGAAGGUUGCACAUUUCAUGGUGCAGACAAUGGGGGAGAACAGGAACUCUCACAUUACAGGCAGAAGUGUUCACAACCAGCGCAUUGAGCGCCUGUGGAGGGAUGUAUAUGAAAACGUCCUUGACCUUUUCUACACAAUCUUCACCCAGCUGGAGAUUCAAGGACUGCUCAACCCUGGAAGCAUGGAAUCAGCACGGACUCAGAACAGCAAACAACCAUUCACCUCUGCAACUCUGGCUGCUGCACAGGAAAGAGGGACAAGAUUUGUCACAGGUUGAUGAGGAUUAUGGUGUGGACUGGACAGGACCACAUAAUCACCGCCCAUCAAAUGAGAUCACCAUUCCUGAGAUUCAGCACCCACGUGCACUGAAUGAACGAGAGCUUGCUGUGCUACCAAACAACAACGUUUCACUCAGUCAAGCUUUGGAUGCCUACUGUGAAACUGUUCAGUCACUCAAACUUAUGUUUGAUACCACACCUUAACUCUUCAAAGUAAGCAGGUGCAAUAUGUUCACAUCCUUUUUCUUGCAUAAACAUACUUCAAAAUCACUUGUAGAAAGACGCUAUCACAUUUAAUCAGUUUCUAUGUCAGGAGGAUUUUUUUUUAUGUUUCUACAUCUAUGGCUUUGUAGCUAAUACUGACUCAAAACAGCAUGACCAAUUUCAUUUUCAACAAAACAAAACAGUGAGUGGCUAUAAAACAGUUUUUUAUUUUUUUUACACAGAUGUCACUUUAAUGAUGUUCAUGUCUUGGAUGUACAGUACAUAUCAACUCUGAGCAGAUUUAAUAAAAUGCACACAGAACAGUAGUGUAACAUCUUAAUGCAAAUAAUUUUUCCUACAAAUUUUUUUGUACCAGUAGCGAGUAUAAACUAAACAUACUGUGUAAUUUAUAAUGUACAGUGAACAACUGAUUUUGUUUUCUGAACUUUUUGUCAGUUUAUAUUUAAAAAAAAAAAAAAAGCCAUAAAUGCUCACCU